AUGGAGCGCACUCUUCCUCAAGUCAAAGCUUGCACACGUGUUACACCGGACUCCAGUGACAUAGCGACGUUAGCUAUCUGCUCCCGUUCUUUUCCCACGGACGCUGGAGCAGAGAGGGGACCAGCAGGAGCAGAGAGGGGACCAGCAGGAGCAGAGAGGGGACCAGCAGGAGCAGAGAGGGGACCAGCAGGAGCAGAGAGGGGACCAGCAGGAGCAGAGAGGGGACCAGCAGGAGCAGAGAGGGGACCAGCAGGAGCAGUGGGGACCAGCAGGAGCAGAGAGGGGACCAGCAGGAGCAGAGAGGGGACCAGCAGGAGCAGUGGGGACCAGCAGGAGCAGUGGGGACCAGCAGGAGCAGAGAGGGGACCAGCAGGAGCAGAGAGGGGACCAGCAGGAGCAGAGAGGGGACCAGCAGGAGCAGUGGGGACCAGCAGGAGCAGUGGGGACCAGCAGGAGCAGAGAGGGGACCAGCAGGAGCAGAGAGGGGACCAGCAGGAGCAGAGAGGGGACCAGCAGGAGCAGUGGGGACCAGCAGGAGCAGUGGGGACCAGCAGGAGCAGAGAGGGGACCAGCAGGAGCAGAGAGGGGACCAGCAGGAGCAGAGAGGGGACCAGCAGGAGCAGAGGGGACCAGCAGGAGCAGUGGGGACCAGCAGGAGCAGAGAGGGGACCAGCAGGAGCAGAGGGGACCAGCAGGAGCAGAGAGGGGACCAGCAGGAGCAGAGAGGGGACCAGCAGGAGCAGAGAGGGGACCAGCAGGAGCAGAGGGGACCAGCAGGAGCAGAGAGGGGACCAGCAGGAGCAGAGAGGGGACCAGCAGGAGCAGAGAGGGGACCAGCAGGAGCAGAGAGGGGACCAGCAGGAGCAGAGAGGGGACCAGCAGGAGCCACGUGGAGAGUCUGCUCCAGCGUCCAUGGGAAAAGCACAGAGCUGGUCGCUCAUGUUGCUGAGCCGCUGGAGGUUUGAAAUAGCUGAAGUGGUCAAGCCGGAUUGUUCAGGGGUGACUGAAUGCCAGGUCAACUCGGAAUUCAACAUAAUUACUGGAAAAACGUCCAUUGGAGAAUUAUUUACUUCUCUGGAUGGUUUCUACCUUGGCUUUGAAGAGGUUUUCACCAGAAGGACAGAAUAUGAAGGCAAACAUUCAAAAGCAAAAGAAUGCUGCCGAUGGUGA